AACCAUUCUCUCUCUCUCUCUCUCUCUCUAAAACCCCCCUCUCUCUCUCUUUCUCUCUCUCUCUCUCAUGUGAAUUACAGAUCAGGCCGCAAAUAUACCAUUUCGAUAUUUGGACUUUCUCUGGCUAUGGUGUUCGAUGGGGCUUUGAAUUUCUAGGGUUUGUGUAGCAUUUCUUGCUCUCUGGCUCUGGGCUUGUAUUUUCGAUGUCGUCUGCUUCGUCGUCGUCCAAGCUGUGCUACAAUUCGGAGUGCAAGGAGCUGAAAUCGGAGCGGCCCAGGAAGGGCUGGAGGCUCCGGACCGGCGACUACGCCGAGCUCUGCGAUCGAUGCGUUUCUGUUUAUGAGGAAGGAAGAUUCUGUGAGACUUUCCACUUGAAUGCUACUGGUUGGAGGUGUUGUGAGACUUGUGGGAAGCAAGUUCAUUGCGGAUGUAUUGUUUCAAGUCAUGCAUUUACGUUGUUGGAUCCUGGAGGGAUUGAAUGCAUGAAGUGUGCAAGGAAAAAUGUCCUUUGGACAUCAAAUCCAGCAUGGCCAACAUCUUUGUGUUUUAAUUCACUUUUACCCGAGCGGCUUAAAGACCUAUCUUUCAAAAAUUGGAGUCAGUUGGCUGGAUCAGGUCCUGUACCAUGGCGGCAAGCACCCAGUUUGUUCAAUUCUUCUGUAGCUGCUGAGUUACAGUCAAGGGUGCCCUAUGAAGUUGACAUGUCAGGUGGCGUUAACAAACUUAAUGCCAGUGAAAGAUUAUCUACCUCUUCCCUCGAAAAAAAGAAAAUUGAGGAUUUUUCUGAAAGAUUAAUGAAUGGAAGCCUCAAGUUUGGUGCACGGGAAAUACUAGAAAAUGGGAAUGCAGGAAUUAAGGUUGAGGAAAACCAUAGUUCAUGUUUAUCUCAACAAUCUUGCUCCUUAAAGGAGGAACCAUCUACCCCACAAUUUGGUUUGAUUGUACCUCAUCCAUCUCCAAAUGAAGCAAAUGGUCAAAUCGGGGUUAGUGGAACUCAUUUGCGAGCAACUUCUACACCUAUGCCAAAGCAAUUUCAUGGUAAUUUACAUAGUGGAGUUGACUUGUCUGGUGAAGCUCAGGUUCGCAAUGGAAGGCCUCGAGUAGAUGCACGAGGAAGAAAUCUCUUACUUCCUCGGUAUUGGCCCAGAUUUACUGAUCAAGAGCUACAACAAAUAUCUGGAGAUUCAAAUUCUGUAAUCACUCCUUUAUUUGAGAAAAUGUUGAGUGCCAGUGAUGCUGGGCGGAUUGGGCGGUUAGUGCUUCCAAAAAAAUGUGCAGAGGCCUACUUUCCUCCAAUUUCUCAGCCUGAAGGACUACCUCUUAAAGUCCAGGAUGCAAAAGGCAAGGAAUGGGUAUUUCAGUUCCGCUUCUGGCCCAAUAAUAAUAGCAGAAUGUAUGUGUUGGAGGGGGUUACUCCUUGCAUACAGGCCAUGCAAUUGCAAGCCGGCGAUAUAGUAACAUUUAGUCGGCUAGAGCCAGAAGGAAAAUUGGUUAUGGGAUUCAGAAAGGCUUCAACUGCUCCAUCAUCGGAUCAGGACAAUGAAACAAAUAAGAAUGUGAAUGGAAUUUCUACACACGGAGAUGCUGAAUUGGCAGAUCCUAGUUCAUGGUAUAAAGUUGAUAAGUCAGGAUACAUAGCAAAAGAAGUUCUAGGAGCUAAAUCGUCAAUCUCUAGGAAGAGGAAGAACAGCACCUUGCGUGCAAAGAGCAAGCGCGUAAGAAUUGAAAAUGAGGACCUGAUAGAGCUGAAGAUAACGUGGGAAGAAGCUCAAGGAUUACUCCGCCCAGCUCCUAACCAUCUCCCUAGUGUUGUUGUGAUUGAAGGCUUUGAGUUUGAGGAAUAUGAGGACGCACCAGUACUGGGGAAGCCAACAAUUUUUGCUACCGAUGAUGCGGGUGACAAGAUUCAAUGGGUUCAAUGUGAAGACUGUUUUAAGUGGCGCAAAUUGCCUGCCGAUGCUCUUAUUCCCUCAAAGUGGACGUGUUCUGAUAACUCAUGGGACCCAGAGAGAUCUAUGUGUUCAGCAGCUCAAGAAUUGACAGCAGAACAGCUUGGACAUCUGCUACCCCACCGUAAUUUAGCUGCUGCCAAGAAAAUGAAGGCUACUAGACAAGACCCAGAUAAUGUUGAAGCUUUGGAGGGGCUUGACGCUCUUGCAAACCUAGCUAUCUUGGGAGAGACCGAGUCCCUCCCAGCAUCAUCCCAAGCCACAACAAAACAUCCUCGACAUAGACCUGGCUGCUCGUGCAUUGUCUGCAUUCAGCCCCCUAGUGGGAAGGGCCCAAAACACAAGCAGACUUGCACCUGUAAUGUCUGCCUAACAGUGAAGCGGCGUUUCCGCACCCUAAUGUUGCGUCGUGAGAAGAAGCAGUCAGAAAAAGAAGCAGAAACAACACGCAAAAAGCAGCAGCAGCAACAGCAGCAGCCACCGUUGCCUGAGAAAUUGCAGGAUGAUGAUUCUGUGCCAUGUAGUAAUACAGGAAACAAUAGUCCAAAGCAUAUCAGAGAAGUCAAUGAUGUUUCUGAUGAUGAACCCAACAGGAUGAAAUCCUCUUCUCCUUUUAAAGGUCAGAUUGACCUGAAUAUCAAGCCAGAGCGGGAGGAAGAGCUUUCACCUGGUUCUGAUUCUGGCGGCAUGAUGAAGCUGAUACAAGAUGCGACUGAUAGGUACCUCAGGCAGCAGAGAUUGUCAAGCUCCGGUGGCAGUGGAAAUUCAUCAGGCAAUCAAUCACAGCCAAAUGCAGACGGAGCAGGGGGAGAAAAGCUCAGCAAUUUUGUCAGCCUUGGCAGCAAUCGUUCUGAUGCUAUUGAAGAUCGUCCUGCAACUAUAUCAAUAAAAGCAUCAACAUCUACUCCUGGAUAGAUUAAUCUACACUUUUAUGCAUGUUCAACAGCUAUGUGGGACUGUUGCUGGUGGAUGAGGCAGUUUCUGUUGUACAUUCAUCCAUAUUGGCUUCAUGCAUCUUCAGGUCUGUACAUAAAGAAGAGGGGUGAGUAGGCAUAUUGAGUCACCAAUAUUGUGCUAUGUUUUCCUCCUCUCUACAGUAAUAUAAGUUUGACACCAAAAUUGGUCCAAGUAGGGAGACGAUCAAAAUGCACAACUGAAGUGGGUGGUAGGUUGAAGCCAUAUAGUUUCUUAGGAGCUCACCUAGCUACCCUCAUCCAAAAUUAUUGAGGAUGUAAUUACACUGUUUUUUCGGCUCAGUAUAAAAGAAAUUGCUCUUUGGUAAAUUAA